AUGCUUGACCCUACGACUAUCCGACCAAACAUCCUCUUCAUCGUCGCGGAUGAUUUAGGGGCUUGGGCUGUCCGAUGCGCCGGCAAUCACGAGAUACAUACGCCGAAUAUUGACAAAUUGGCUGCAGAAGGAGUACGGUGUGACAACUUCUUCUGCGCAUCGCCCGUGUGUUCGCCCGCUCGAGCAUCGAUUCUAACGGGGCGAAUCCCGUCCCAGCAUGGCGUGCACGACUAUAUUCGCUCAGGAAACGUGAAUAAGGAAAAAACGGCCAUCGAAUACCUGGCGGGGCAACCGAGCUAUACGGAAAUACUCGCCGAUGGGGGCUAUUCGUGCGCCCUGAGUGGCAAGUGGCACCUCGGAAACAGCAGAGUACCACAAAAGGGCUUUAAUCGGUGGUUCAGCAUUGCCAGAGGCGGCUGUUCGUACAAGCGGCCAGAUGUCGUGGUGAACGGCGACGUGCGUUUCGAGGACGGCUAUAUAACGAAUUUCAUUACGGAAAAUGGCAUUUCCUUCAUGCAAGAAAUGAGUCAGGAAAAGAAACCUUUCUACCUGAGCGUGCACUACACGGCCCCUCAUUCGCCAUGGGAACGAUCAGAACACCUGGAACAAUACCUUUCGCUCUACGACAAUUGCGCUUUCACGUCGGUCCCGGAGCUGCCCAUUCACCCAUGCCAGGUUGACAGUUGCCCUCACGGCGAAAAGGAGGAGCGCAAGGAGCUUCUACGGGGAUACUACGCCGCUAUCACCGCAAUGGAUAAUGGCAUCGGCCAGUUGAUGCAGGAGCUCGACCGCCUCGGUAUCCGAGAAGAUACCCUGGUUGCCUUUAUAAGCGAUAACGGAAUGAAUAUGGGUCACCACGGGAUUUGGGGAAAAGGCAACGCUACGAGUCCUCUUAACGUGUUCGACACCUCGAUAAAGAUCCCAGCCAUUUUCCGUCAGCCCGGCGUCAUCCCGCCGGGAGGGACCAUCUCCGACCUCCUGAGCCAAUAUGACAUAUUCCCGACUAUACUGGAAUAUACCGGUCUUGAGCCGGCAGUUCAACAGGACCUUCCGGGAACCAGUUUCGUACCCCUACUUAAACGUAAGGGGCAACUAGGGCGAAAGGAGGUUGUCAUCUACGACGAGUAUGGCCCUGUCCGGAUGAUCCGCACCAGCGACUGGAAAUACGUACAUCGCUAUCCCCACGGCCCCCACGAGCUAUUCGACUUGGUCAACGACCCCGGUGAGACCGAUAACCGAUUCGACGACAAGGGUCUUGUGCAGAUCAGAGACGGCCUUCGCAAGCGCCUCGGCGUCUGGUACGCUAGAUACGUGAGACCAGAGUUUGAUGGAAUCUAUGCCGCAGUAACAGGGUUCGGCCAAAAGGGCCUUGCCAUCCCAGGCAUGAGAGAAGGAAACAGCUUCGACGAUAAACCACCGGCCCCAAUCCCGGGGGCCCCCAAGUUUUUUUGA